AUAUCACCAAAAAAACUUGAAAAUCCAUGUCUUAGGUCCAAUGAAAGACAAGCAUUACAUAAGGAAUUAUUAUUUAAUUAUAAAAGAGGUGUAAAUGUUCUACAGAAACCAGAAUUAAAUAAAAUUCUAGAGAAACGAAAAGAACAACAAAGAUUAAAAGAAUGGGAUAACCAACAUACUAAUAAACGAACUAGUUUAGAAUUGAAGUUGGAGGAACGAGCUAAUCGAAUGAAAGAGGAAGAGAAUAGCAGAAUGAAUUCCAUUAAGGAAAAGACUGAAAAUGCUCCUGAAUUCUUAAAAAUG